AUGGGAGAUGAGCAACUGAUGCGACGAUUAGGGGUAUGCGACACUUCCCCCGCCCGAAGCUCACUCAAAGCACUUGAGACGGCUGACCGGAUUAGCAGAAAAAGGAGCUGGGUCCUCACGCGUACGAGCAGCAAAUGCCCGCUCGCGUAUCACGGCUCCUCGAAGCAGAAGACGGCAAGAACAACGUGCUCUCCCACGUCCUGCCGAAACUGGCCGAGCUCCUCCACCACGACCGGGAGCUCGAAGUCGCAUACCUGUGCACCGACCGGGUCCAGCAGGUCUCCAAGCUGCAGCACGAGGGCGCGCAUUUCUGCGGAUAUCGGAACAUGCAGAUGCUGCUGAGUGCGCUUGACUCCUCGGCGGGAGAGGAUUCUUGGAGCGAGCAGCGGGUCCCAAAGUCUCGCUUUCCGGUUUUAUUGCGGCUGCAGGAUAUGAUCGAGCAGGCGUGGGAUUCGGGCUAUAAUCCUCACGGCCGGGUGCUGACGGGAGGCAUUCGAGGGACCCGGAAGCACGUUGGCACCUCGGAGGUAUUCGCUCUCACUCACUCCUCUCGAAGCGUGCUAUGCGUGCUGAUCGACGACAGGCAGAAGCCCUCUUCUUGAGCCUCGACGUGCCUUGUACUGGCCAUGCGUUCCACGGCAAAGAGGCUUGGAGAGAGUUACUGGACUUCGUCGAGACAUACUUCCAACCAGCUGAACGCGAUGCCGUGAAAGCGAGGGUGGUGCGCACAGGCUUAUGUCCCAUAUUCUUACAAAGACCCAAUCAUUCCUGGACGAUCGUUGGUCUGGAGCGGACCAAGACUGGCAAACGGCGACUCUUGGCCUUCGAUCCAGCCUGGCAGCCUCCUGCGAAGAUGCAAAGCUCUUGCGACUAUCGCACUCUCUCGGGCUGGUCGGCGAGAGUUGUGCUCCAGAGGUAUCGGAAGAGUCAACGGUCCCUGAAGCGCUUCGGGGAUUUUGAGACGUUGAGCAUCGAUAAGCCGGAUUGA